CGGCACUCAACGGUUUCUUCUCUGGCUGCUGCUGGCAGUUUUACGCGAGGAACUCCCGAACUACUUCGGCAACCCGUUAUAACGGUCGACAUGGCGACCGAGGAAAUAAUCAAGCGUUUUCUUAAGAAAAGAUGAAGAUAGCCGAUACACAGUUUCAGGUUUCACACCAUGUGAUGAUCACCCGGGACGUGUGAACUUAUUUAAGAACUCCUGUGUUCAGAAGAUUUUUUGAUUCCAGUGGAAUCUUUCAUUUUUUUUUUCCAUCUAUUAUUCCCUUUUUGUUAAAUGACACACCCAGUCACACGCACACCCAAGAGAAGCCCCCCCACCCUUGUUUACAUGUAGAACAACCUUGCUACGAUGCCUGUACAAGCUCCACAAUGGACAGAGUUUUUACUGUGCCCCAUAUGCACCCAGACGUUCGAGGAGACGGUGCGGCGGCCCAUCAGUCUGGGUUGCGGCCACACCGUUUGCAAGAUGUGCCUCAACAAGCUGCACCGCAAGGCCUGUCCCUUUGACCAGACGGCCAUCAAUACUGACAUCGAGCAGCUGCCCGUCAACUCGGCCCUGCUACAGCUGGUCGGGGGUCAGGUGCCCAAACAGCAACCUGUGGCGCUCAUUACGUGUCCAGAGGACACUAAGCAUUACGAUGAGGCACGGCAGUGCGUUGAGGAGCUGGCCCUCUACCUCAAACCCCUCAGCAGUGCACGAGGAGUGGGGUUGAGUAAUGCUGCUCAGAGCAUGCUGAGCCGCCCGAUGCAGAGGAAGCUGGUGACUCUGGUGCACUGUCAGCUGGUUGAGGAGGAAGGACGGGUCAGGGCCAUGCGGGCGGCCCGUUCUCUGGGUGAAAGAACUGUUACUGAGCUCAUUUUGCAGCACCAAAAUCCCCAGCAGCUCUCCUCCAACUUGUGGGCUGCUGUCAGAGCCAGAGGCUGCCAGUUCCUGGGACCCGCCAUGCAGGAGGAGGCACUAAAGCUGGUUCUGUUGGCCUUGGAAGACGGAUCUGCUCUUUCCAGGAAGGUUCUGGUCCUUUUUGUGGUCCAGAGACUGGAACCAAGAUUUCCUCAGGCCUCCAAAACCAGUAUUGGACAUGUAGUUCAGCUCCUCUACCGUGCCUCCUGCUUCAAGGUGACUAAGCGAGAUGAGGAUUCUUCGCUAAUGCAGUUGAAAGAGGAGUUUCGCACAUAUGAGGCACUUCGGCGGGAACACGACUCUCAGAUUGUUCAAAUCGCAAUGGAGGGAGGUCUCCGCAUCGCCCCCGAUCAGUGGUCUUCCCUGCUGUAUGGAGAUCAGUCUCAUAAGUCCCACAUGCAGUCCAUCAUUGACAAGCUGCAGACCCCGGCGUCAUUUGCUCAGAGCGUGCAGGAGCUGACCAUCGCACUGCAGAGGACGGGUGACCCUGCCAAUCUCAACCGGCUGAGACCUCACCUCGAAUUGCUUGCUAACAUCGACCCCAGUCCAGAUGCUCCUCCUCCUACCUGGGAGCAGCUGGAGAAGGGGCUGGUGGCGGUAAAGACGGUGGUGCACGGCCUGGUGGACUUCAUCCAGAACCACAGCAAGAAGGGUGCCGACACACAACAGCCACCACAGCACAGCAAAUACAAGACGUACAUGUGCAGAGACAUGAAGCAGAAAGGAGGCUGUCCCAGAGGAGCCAGCUGCACCUUCGCCCAUUCUCAGGAGGAGCUGGAGAAGUACCGUAAAAUGAACAAGCGUCUUGCUGCAAGAGUGCCCUGCACCCCUGGCCUGCUGCCUGACGAGGUGGUCCCUCUGGAACCUGGGCGGAAGGCCUCUACGCUUACCAACGGGGGUCCUCUUCCCCAGCUCAUCCCCAGAGGAACAGACCCCUCCUCGUAUGACCUCCUACUCAAGCCCAAGAUGGACGGCACUAGCCUCAGUGCUCCUGGGUCGCCACCCGACUCUUUGGAUAAAUCUAGCUUGGCCUUGACACCCCACCCUGUGCCUCACCCCAGGGCGGAGCACUUACCCAUGCCCAAGCAGGUGCCAGUCAUGCCCAGAGGUGCACCACAGAUGUAUCCACAACAGCAGCCCGAGCUCUUCUAUCCAGAGCCAGCCCGACCUCCUCCCUCAGGAUCUCAGUAUGAUGCUCAGUACCCAACAGGCAACCCCUACCCAUACCAGCCCCCGCAGUAUGUCCCUCCCCGUUAUAUUCGCAAUCCGCCUCCUCCGGGCGAGCCACAUUACCCAGAGCCCUACCCGGGAUACGGCCCAGAUCGCCAAUAUCCAAGCCAUCACUCUGGUCCCCCUUUCUCAGCCCACACAUAUGCACAGCCUUCCCAUUACAGUCGCAGACACGGACACUAUCCCGCUCCCCCGCCUCCGUUUGCACCAACCAGAGACGACUUGGUCAGGAUGAGCCCGGUUCCUUUGGACGUUCCCCCGGCUGCAAUGCCGCCUCCUCCAGCAGGGCCUGCAGGUUCUCUGUACCACUCCCAGGAACCGUCAUCUAGAGACAGAUACCCACCGGACGGGUACUACACCGCUGGACCGCACCCCAGCCAAAUGAGGUCCCACAUAGGACAGGACCCGUACAGCCGCGCACAACCCAGUCUAGAUGACUUGCAUCGCAGGCGCAAAGAGCUUCUUGUCCAGCUAGAGGAGAGAAAGGUCAUCUCUCCUCCCCCCUUCGCUGCCUCCCCGACUCUCCCUACACACCCGUUCCCUAAUGACUACCCUCGGGAGUAUUUGGAGGAUGGCUCUAAAGCCUUUGGAAGUCGGGAGCCGGACUACGCUGGGCAGUAUUCCCCCUGGUCAUGUGACACCAUAGGAUCAUACAUUGGCUCCAAGGAUGCUAAACCAAAAGAUGUCAGUAGUGCUGUGGAGAUGAUGAAUGCAGAGGGUAAAGUUCUACGUGAACCUCCACUGGACACCCAGCGGCGCUCUGCAGAAGCCAAAGAUGACGAUCCCAUCAUUCCCUUUGGUCCUCUGCCCACUGUGUCUCCUUUUGGUGCCAUUUCACGUACCUCUAAAACGGGUUACCAGACCACUGGGCCUGUACAGGCCAUAGCAUCCUCACAGGCCUCGGGCUCCAAACACAUGACCAUGACAGCAGACUAUCCGUAUGGAAACCACAGUGGAUGGGGCGGUGCGUCGUACCCUCAGCACCAGAGCAUCAACUCUCAGGGACACUUCAGCGAGCGUCUGCCCGUGUCUGGCCCUGACCGCGAGCAGCUCAAGAUUGAGCUCCAGCAAGUCAACCAACAAAUCAGUCAGCAGACCCGCGGCAUGGAGGCUGCCAGUAACUCUAUGCUCCUGCAGAGGGAGGCGUGUGCGCUGGCGUCUCAGCCCGCGGCUGGAGUGAAGUGGUCUUCAGGUGGCACUGUGUCCAGUGAGCAGCUCAGCAUGGAGCUUGAUCACGUAGAGCUGGAGAUCAAGAAGAGAACCCGUGAAAUUGCCAUGGAGAAUCAGGUGGCCCAUGAAUACAAGCUGAAGGCCACUGAGAAUGGGCAGACUGACCGUAAAGCCCAGCUGGAGGAACUCUCUUUAGCACUGGGUGAGGUGUCUAAUGGAUCCAGUGGCAUGAAGCCAGCCAGUAGUAUGGGUGGAUCUAUGCUGUCACUGACCAAUAAGACGUCUUCCCUCACCCUCUGCUCUGCCGACCAAGCAGCGAGUAGCUCAGAUCUUCAAAAAAAUGGUGUCGUUCACUCUUGCUCUUAAGAGUGUAUUCACACACACAAAAUAUAUACAUAUACACACACAGACAACCUCUCCAGAGGUCAAUAUUCCUUCUCGGAGGGCUUUGAAAUGAAUCUCUUGACUAAUUCAACCAGUUUCAAGAGACACGAGAUGUGUUUUUAAUACUGACGGCGCUGAUAUGAGGGACACGCAUACACACACACACACACACACAUACACACACCUGCAUGCUGCUACAUGCAUGCACCGACACAAACUUCUCUGUUGUUUUAUUUAGAAAAAUGAGCAGUAUCUGCCGUGAUAUAAAUUUUCUUUCUUUUUGUUCUGUGAAUGAGCUUUUUCUUUUAAUGACUUCUCAUCGCCUGGAAACCAGGGCAUCUGAAUAAUGCUUACUUUGUUAUUUUCCCUAUAUAUCAAGAACGAACAGUCAACCCAAAGCUAGCACAGACAGGACGACGCAAACCAGUGGAAUCAAAAUCGAGCGCACUAUUUUUAGCAUCAGGGUUGCUGAUUGUGCGGUCGGGGCCCUGUGGAAACGUUCAAGUCCCUGGAUCUCUGCAGCCUUGAAUAUGAUCUGACUCACCAGGUUUAAAGUAGCAUGGAGAACCUUUUAUGAAUCCAUUUUUAUGGACCGUUAACACGGGUCUCCCCACAUGACGCUCGACCGUGGCAGUGUAUCGCUGUAAGGCAGUUCGAACGGGCUCUGGAUGACACAAGGGGGAAGAAAGAUAUAUCUAUAUAUAAUCAGUUGUCAGGUUUUGUUUAAUUUAUGGUUUGGCUAUAUAACUGUUAAGGAAUUUGUAAAUGUGUUGGUGACACGUGUCUCAAGCAUUCUGUUUUAUAGAAUGCAAACAGAUGUCUUGAAAAAAUGAGCACUUUUUUCCAUGUUUUCCAUGAGUGUGUGCUUUUUAGUAGAAGAGGUGCAACACGUCGCUUCCCUUGUGUUCUUCAGAGCUCUGUGGUCGGGAUGAGAUUUCUUUCGUCUAGCACCACAGUGGUUUCGUAAGAUUACAGCCUAUUAGGAAAUUAUUUCAUCCGUUUUCCCUAACUUCUGUGAAGUUGCAUAUUUGGCUCUCCUGGUCGAGUUUGCAUAUUCGGGUCUCGCCGCUAAAUCGCUGCAUAGAAGUAACACCAGGGCAGUGGUUUCGACAACGCAGGGUCCCAUAGCGCUAAACGAUUGCGUUACAGUUUUGACACUCUCAAAAAUCUUUUGGUAAAGGAAUAGUUCUACCAAAAAGGGAAAUUUUGUCAUGAUUCAGUUGCCCUCACGUAGUUCCGAAUGGAUAUUUUGGAAACAUUUGCAAUCUUCUUUUGUGUUUCACAGAAGAAAGUAAGUCAUUCAGGUUUGAAACGACUUCAGGGGAAAUAAAUGAUGACACAAUUUUCUGAACUGUCCCUUUAAAUAAAAUCCAGACAGAUGUUCAUUACAGACGAGCUAUUUAAUGUCUUAUAGGUUUCCUCUUUAUAAACUCAGAAUUAGUUUGGAACCCAUUCUUCAGAGACUAUUUAGAAUUUCUGCAGAAUAUGUAAUGCGACUCACAAACCGAGGCCUGUUGAGUUUAUCCUCCAUCAGCCUGCUUUGACGUAAAUGUGUUUUUUACACAACAUAUUCAACGACUGUUUCCGAACGAGGCCCCCGUAACUGAAGAGAACAAGAUUAUUUGAAGUCUGAAGUCUUCCUAUAGUGAUGACAUUCUUCACGUGUGACAUUUUGUUCUAGUCUCUUGAGACCGACUAUGAUAUACAGCUCCAAUUUUGGGUGCAACCUCUUAACGUGUAAUCUUUUGUGGUUUUUGUGCUAUAGCCGUGGUGAUAUAGUUGAUUUCUCUUAUUACGAUGACUUGUAGUCACGGUCAUUAUUUGAUGUUCUUGCUCGUCAAAGAGCACACGCAAGCCUUUUCAAGCAGUCGCCGAGAUUGAAAUCGAGCUGUGCCGACACGUAGAGAUGACGUCAACCUUACUGUCGAGGUUUAAACUUAUCGCGCGAUGUCCGUCGCGCUCGCUGAGCAAAUUCUUCAGAAUGUCGUCUUUCUCCAUGCUAAAUUGUUGCCUCCUCCCUCUCCUUGACAUGGAAAUUGAAUUCUCGUAGUGUUUUUAUUUCAUGCUGUCGAGAUCCCAUGGACUAGUUGAGGCUUUUGUCUAAUUUGAGAUGUGCUGUGAAGGAUCCGCUUAUGAUUUAGCUGAGCUUCUUGCUUCCCUGAAUCUGGCCUUUGAUUGAAUUUAGAUUUGUUCCACUUUCUCCUGUGGUUCAAGGCUGCUUUGUAGCCGGAUAAUUCAAGUUAAAUUCAUAAAAACACGCCCAGGUCACAUUUCAAUAUAACAUGUAUAGGACCAUUAAGCACAUCUUUGUCUCCCAAAUGUUCAUAUAUUCUUAAUUCCUGCCGCAUUAUCAGUAUGGCAUUUUUAUAUAGUAUGCUUUACUCAAUUUUUUAAUGCAAUGACAAAAUUUUAUUUAAAUCUGUGUAAUGGUAUUCAUUUAUAGUGGAACUGUACUUUUUCAAGAAACUGUCAAUGCAAUAUAAAUGUAUUAAAUAAAAAUUAAAAUGAUUUACUCCCAUAAUAAUAAUAAUAAUAAUAAUAAUAUGACCUGGGCAUGUUGUUGUGAGAUUUCAUGAGAUUGACUCAGAUGUAUGCUAAACUUUCUAGAUAUUUCUCAGUUCUGUCUCACCUCACCAAUCCAAUUUUUUAAAAUACUUAAAUUGAAAUAUUUUUCUAAAUUGAGGAACAAUACACAUUAUAAUAGAUUCAGCAAAGUUUUGCGCCGGAUGAGUUUUAAUCUUGACGUCUCUCAUGAGUAGACGUGUUAACGUGGCCAAGCAUAGUUACAUGGCAAGGCUUGCAUACGAUUUAUGCUUAUUAUGAAAAUAUGAAUUUUCCUCUUCCUUGCGGUUAUCCCAAUUUCCAGAGCUAACGCGCUCCUGCCACCGCUAACAUCGGGUUUUCUUUGGUUGCUGUUAGGCACAAGCACUAGCAUGGUGAGCUAACCGCUGCUACGACGGGCAAACGUUUAGCCAGUGCUUCGUGUGUUGAGACUUUUUCAUUUGGCUUUCACAGAGUGCCCAAAGCUGUACUAAUGUAAGCAUUCUCGAGUGAUGCACUGCCAGGAUGCUGCUUUUAUUUGAAUCUUUGGAUUGUAUGGGAAUGUGCUAUCUUGUAUUUAAUAUUUGGCACUUUGCUUGGGUGCUGUAGAAUUUUUUUUUUUUUUUUUCCUGAUCAGUGAUCUUACUGAGAUAAUUACUUCUGCGUGGAUAAUUCUUUUUGUUUGUUUUACAAAUUAGUGUCAACCAUCCACACAUAGCAAUUUACGGGACAAAGACUCAGUAAGGCUCAUUUACAGUUUUGUGCAUGAGGUUAUUUUUCCUCAAGUGAGAAAUUGCAGGAUAAUGUGAUUUUCUUUGAGAAUGGGUCUGUUCCUGAUGGAUGAUAUUCAUUUCUCUGACUGGAUCGUGUCUGUUUUGAGCAGACCUGUUGAAUUCAUUUAAAUGAAACUCAAAUUAACUCAUUUUGAACCUUAUAACACUGUUAUGGCUGUCUUUUUUUGUCGUUUUGUUUUAUUCCUAACUUUUUGGGAAAUGUAAUGGCUUUUUUAUGAUUACUUCCAAGUUGUCUUGUAAAAUCUCUUAAAUUAAGGUACAGGCUCAAUUUCAACAAGGAAAGGUUUUAUAUAUAAAUAUAUAUUAUACUCCAUUAAGGAAUGUUUAGAACCAUCUUACUCCAAUGUGGAUGUAGCCAUUAUUACGCCAUUUUAUGACUUUGUAAAAGAAUUCACUGUGUGAAAAUUGGUUUGCAUUUUUGUAUAAUACAAUCUGCUUUUUUGUUUGUUUAAAAGGAGAGAGGGAGGUGAAACUGGAUGUUAAGAGGACAAGAUUUAAAAAAAUAAUUUAACAGAAACCUGUGAUAUUGAGAAGAAAAUGUAACUUGUGUACAACAAUGAUUCUAAAUGAGAGGGAUGGAAUAAACAAUAUUGGUAACACUGCUAAAAA